AAAGCCACAUUCUUGAGGAUGUGAACAAGUGUAUCAUUGCCCUGCGGGAGCAGAGCGCGGACAGCCUCGAUCGCGCGGCGGGCGCCAUCCGGGGCCGCGCCUCCAGAGUGGCUCACAUUGUUUCGGGCGAGAUGGACAACUAUGAACCAGGGGCUUACACUGAAGGAGUGAUGACACAUGUUCAGUAUCUGACCAAGACUGUGAUUCCAGAGUUUAUUAGUCAAGUAAAUACUGCAUUGGAGAGCUUAAGCAAGAACACAGUGCAUCUGUUUGAUGACAACCAGUUCGUGGAUAUAUCCAAGAAGGUGUAUGAUACAAUUCACAACAUCAGAUGCUCUGUCAUGAUGAUUCGGACACCUGAGGAGCUGGAAGAUGUGUCUGACCUUGAAGAAGAUCACGAUGCACGUAGUCGUACGAGUAUUCAGACUGAAGGGAAAACUGACAGGGCCAAGAUGACUCAGCUGCCAGAGGCUGAAAAGGAAAAGAUAGCUGAGCAAGUGGCUGACUUCAAAAAAGUCAAGAGUAAGCUUGAUGCAGAGAUUGAAAUAUGGGAUGAUACCAGCAAUGACAUCAUCGUUUUGGCCAAGAGGAUGUGUGUUAUUAUGAUGGAGAUGACUGACUUCACAAGGGGUAGAGGACCACUGAAGAACACAUCUGAUGUAAUUAAUGCAGCAAAAAUGAUUUCAGAGUCAGGAUCAAGGAUGGAUGUCCUAGCACGGCUGAUUGCCAAUCAGUGUCCAGACCAAUCGUGUAAACAGGAUUUGUUGGCUUACCUAGAACAGAUCAAGCUGUAUUCCCAUCAGCUCAAAAUCUGCAGUCAAGUUAAAGCAGAAAUCCAGAAUCUAGGUGGAGAGCUCAUCAUGUCUGCUUUGGAUAGCGUCACUUCACUAAUUCAGGCUGCCAAAAAUUUAAUGAAUGCUGUGGUGCAAACAGUGAAGAUGUCCUACAUUGCAUCCACAAAGAUUAUCAAGAUUCAGAGUCCUACUGGCCCACGACAUCCUGUUGUAAUGUGGAGAAUGAAGGCUCCAGAGAAGAAACCCCUCAUUAAAAGAGAGAAGCCAGAGGAAAUCUAUGCGGCUGUCAGAAAAGGCUCCGCAAAGAAAAGAAUCCAUCCUGUUCAAGUCAUGAGUGAAUUUAGAGGCAGAGAAAUAGUUUAA